GAGCGAAAUUACGUGAAUAGCUGUGUUUAGCUAAGUAUCAGACUUUCUCCCGUACUAAGCGUGUGAGCAUUAGUGGUAGCCUUUCCAAUUUGAGAUCUAGCUUUGCUGUAUAAUUAGUUUCGAAUGAGUCUUUAGAAAGCCCAAAUAUGUAUUGCAUGACGUUAUCGCAUGACGUUAUCGGCGUUACGCGAAAGUCAGGAUGAAGAAAGAUCAAGCUGAACAAAGUGUUACGUAGUUGAAGUGGUGAAAGCCCAACGUUUAAAGUCACCCCGAGGACGGAUAUUUUGCAGAAGCUAAGUACUGUGAGAAGAAGAACAGCAUAACAAAGUAGUAUCAGGUUGCUUUUUGAGUUCUCGAAUUUGGUCAGAACCUUUCAGCGACUGAAAUAUGCCUGUACCAGCAUGGCUGAAGCUAGCUCGUCCCACAAUAGAGCCAGUGAUCUUUCUUUAUGCUUAUGGUCUUUUUAUGCACUUGCCAGUUAUUCAGCAAUAUGUGUACAAACGUGUUAGUGUUGCUAAGAACUUCCCCUACACAUCGUCAACAAAGGAAAACUGCCAAAACCAAACGCUUAAUGCAACUCUCAAAGAACUUGAAAAAGAGGUGCAAGCAUUAUCUUCAUACAUCCAUUUGGGAGUGGUCAUGUUUGCAUCAAUCCCCUCAAUUUUUACUGCUCUCUUUAUUGGAGCCUGGACAGACACAGCAGGGCGUCUGCCUGCACUCGCCCUUCCUGCUAUUGGAAGCACCCUUGAAGCUUUAGUUGUACUCCUUACAAUGUACUUUGAAUGGCCAAUCUAUGUGUUGUUUGUGGGAAGUGCCAUCAGUGGCACAUGUGGUUUUUUUACCACAAUGGUGCUUGCAGUCAUGUCCUACAUAGCUGAUACUACUGAUGAAUCAGAAAGGAGCUACCGGUUAGCCAUCAUGGAGUUGCUUGUAUUCAUUGGUGGAAUGAUCAGUCAACUCACCAGUGGUUUGUGGAUAGAAAAAUUCGGUUUUGUGGCGCCUUAUUGGUUCAUAUUUGGCUGUCUCCUUGCAUCAGUCGUUUAUGUGAUUCUCUUCGUUCCAGAAUCGAGGCCUUCUACUUCCAACGGAGGCACAAUCCGGAAACUCUUCAGUUUGAAAAGCGUGAAACGAGUGUGGUAUGUGUACAAGUUUCCAAGAAACGGGGCGAGAAGAAACCUGAUAAUUUUCACAUUGUCUACCGGUGUGGUAGUUCUUACCAUUCUUGGUGUAAGCGGAGUGAUUGUGCUGUUUUUGCUCCACAGUCCGCUUUGUUUUUCGGCAGAAAAAGUCGGAUAUUACUCAGCCUUCCGUUACCUUACAAGCGGCAUUGGUGCAGUCCUUGGUAUAAAGCUGUUAGGAAAGUGUUUUAAUGAGGUCAACAUUGCCAGAAUUGGGAUCAUCUCCCUAGCAUCAGCGUUGUUAGUGUUUGGGUUUGCAAGGAAGGAGUGGCUGGUGUUUUUGUCUCCGAUUGCUGGCAUAUUUUCUGGAGCUGUUUCCCCCAUUUUUCGUGGAAUGAUGUCAAGAAGUGUAGGGGAGAAUGAACAAGGAGCUUUAUUUUCAGCUAUAGCGUCAUUGGAAACCUUGUGUAAUUUUAUUGGAGCUUUUAUCUUCAACUCCAUGUACCCGGCUUCGUUAAAAUAUGACUUCCCAGGAUUUGUGUUCUUUCUGGGAGCUUUACUGUUGAUUAUGCCUUUAUCACUCACAUGCUGUUUAAAGAAUCCUGCAAGCUUCUUGUCAAAGAGAGAUUUAAUUAAAUCGAGCGCGCAGGAUGACAUGGCAGACAGUUUGAUCAUUGCAGGUGCUAGAAGUAUAUCAAGUGAGUCUGAAGGGUCACCGCUGCCCAUCCCUACAGUGGGCGGAGGAUAUGAAGCGGUAGCGUAAAAAAAAAAAGGUGUUCGUGAUGGAAUUUAGAGUUCUGAUUAAAAAAAAAAAAACGUUAAAGAUAUAUCUAUUCAUUUUGGAUUAAAACUGCUUAUAACUGAGGUGGAUAUUUGACGAGGAGUAUAAUUAAGAAAUAGAAAAAAAUAGUACGCUUGUCAGAACGUUAGGAAAUGGAUAUAGAACAGAUUGGAGAAUAUGUUUACUGUGGCUGGGCGUAAAGGGUUAGAACACACUUUGUAGAUAUCUGGCAGCAUGGCUGUGCAUAGGCUCGAUUUCCGCCACACUCUCAACUCCGGUGUUUCAGGGAGGAGCGCGGGCUCCAGUUCCCGAACAGCGGCUGGCAAUCGAGCCUUGGCUAUGCACUCAGUGUCACCAAAGGGGUAACUUACUUGAAGAAAAUGUCCGAGAUUUAUUUUUAUAAUAAUGUAAACCUGCAUCUUGGAAACGUCUUCAACGGCCAUUCUGCGCGAAACUCACGCGCCUUGUCAAAGCGACUCAAACCUUUUCAGUAACCAGGAUUAGUAUUCAAGCAACCUCGUUCCCAGGGCCGUUUCCCCUCGCCCCAAAGUAGGGGAAAGGACCCUUGGAAAGAGGUUGGUAUUCCAGCUUUAACACAUUCUCCUUACCCGUACUGUGUACUGGUGCGCAAUGUUAUUACUGAGUUAGUUUUACAAACAUUAUAAAACAGCUUUGUAUAUUAAAGUUUAGGGAAAGGUCAUUGUUUAUUGCCCGAGGAGGUCCAAGGAUUUUGGUUGUCACCUGAAAUCUAUCUGAUCCCCUCCCGCCUCGUGCGCCUGCUUAAGAAGGCUCUCUGACAUUCUUAUGAUGUCUCCUUCCCUGGCAGUCAAUUUUCAAAAGUUCCCCCCCCCCGUAAUAUUUUGUUUAGCGACGAAUGAUAUCCUCAGCUGAAAACUAUGUGAUCCCCCAAAUAUCCUCCGACCCUCCCCCUGACGAUUAAUGACUUGUCCCUAUCACUUUGAUAGUCACAAUUGCACGUAUUUGAAUUCGCCCAAGUCUUAGCAUCCUUUAUUAAGGUAGUGUCAUGAGAGUGUAAAUACACUUCAUAUGUAAUUUCCUUACAUUGUAGUGAUUAUUUAUGAAGGAAAAAAAUUUACUGAAACAAGAUGUAAUUCUUUGUCCAACAGAGAUUAAAUUAAGUUUUAAAACUG